CAUAACAUUUUCCUUACAAAGAUCUUGUCCUAUUUGAGAGAGGAAAUCAAGAAAUGGAUGGGAAAUAUGUACGCGGAUUCGAUGUUAUGAUGGAAGAAGAACAAAGAAAUCAAGAGCUGAAGGAUGUUGAGACGAGGAUGAAAGAGUUUAUUGGAGAAAAGACGCUUGCCCAACUAAAGUUGAGGGAAUUGAUUGCGUUGGAGAAAAAGCUUGAGACUCUACAGCCUAAUAGGAUCGUGGGAAGGCCCCAAGAUGUUAGGAUUCUGAAAAAUUAUAUAAACUAUAGGCUUGGAGAAAUGGAGACUAAGAUUUACAACCCUAAAGACGAAUUUGAUGUUGUAAUGGAAGCAAAAGAAGCUGGGCAUAUUAAGGGUUUAAAGAUGAGGUUGAAAGUGUUCAUUGAUGAAGAGGAGUCUGAAAAUAUAAGCGAUGAGAGAUUGAUCGAGUUCCGUAUAAAGCUUGAAGCUCUUCAGCCUAAGGAGAAGGUAGAUGUUCGUUUGAAAGUCAUGAAAGACGAAGUGAGAGACAUAAUCUUGAUGAAAGAAAUUGUGAAGAUACUGAUCGGGAAGAGGCCGGAUCGUCGUUCCGGUUCCAGUAGUAGACCAAAGUUCAUCAAUAAUUACUGUGUUUAGAAAUUGGUAUCAUACAAAUUCAUAUAUAUAUAAUCAUGGAUAUCAUAUACGAUCACCUAAUUAUCUCCUGUUUCUCCCUUCAAACUAUUUAUAUAGAAUAAUUUGGGAUGUUUUA